CCGUGUGCGCAGGCGCUGCCUGAACCGGGAGAGGGAGAGGAUCCCAGAGAGAGAGAGAGAGUGAGGGGGGAGAUAGAGACGGAAAAGGCGAGAAACAGAGUGCGUGACGGACGGACAGAGAGGAGCGUGCUCUCCGCCAGGUCAGUCAGAGGAAAUGGAGUAUCAGAAUACAAUGCCAGGAAAAAAAUCAGUGAAAAGGUCAAAAGGUAAUGAGGAUGGAACAGAAGGUGAUGAAACUAAAAAGUUAAAGAUCUCGCAUUCCUCACAUGGAACGAUCCCUGGGAUUGUCCUGACGCUGGGCCAGGGUGAUGUUGGCCAACUUGGUCUAGGGGAAAAUGUGAUGGAGAGAAAGAAACCCGCCUUUGUCAAGCAAUUACCGGAGAAAAUAGUGCAGGUGGAGGCCGGAGGAAUGCAUACUGUGUGCCUUGGGGCCUCGGGCAGUGUUUACACAUUCGGCUGCAAUGAUGAAGGUGCCCUCGGUCGUGAUACGUCGCAGGAAGGUUCAGAUACAAUCCCAGCCCGGAUUAUACUCAAUGAGCAUGUGGUUCAAGUUUCUGCUGGUGACAGUCACACUGGAGCUCUGACUGACAUUGGCCAUGUUUAUAUCUGGGGCUCCUUCAGGGAUAACAAUGGAGUUAUAGGUCUGCUGGAGCCUUUGAAGACCAGCUGUUUUCCACAGAAAAUCCCUCUUGAUGUUCCAAUAAUUAAAAUCACUUCAGGUAAUGACCAUUUGGCGUUGCUGUCUCUAGAUGGAGAUAUUUACACAUCUGGUUGUGGUGAACAGGGGCAGCUGGGAAGAAUUGCAGAAUGCUUUACGAACCGGGGAGGAAGACGAGGUCUAGAGCGGCUGCUGAUUCCCAAGAGCCUUCAUCUCAAAGCUAAGGGAAGCGGGAAGGUGAAAUUUCGUGAUGUUUUCUGUGGGGCAUAUUGUACGUUUGCAAUUUCAAAGGAAGGACAUGUCUAUGGUUUUGGACUGUCCAACUAUCAUCAACUGGGAACACCAAGUACAACUCCCUGUUACUCAGCACACAAAUUAACUGCAUUCAAGAACUCAACAAAGUCUUGGAUAAAAUUCUCUGGUGGACAGCAUCACACCCUAUGCCUGGACUCUGAAGGUAAAGUAUACAGCUUGGGUCGAGCAGAGUAUGGCCGCCUAGGGUUGGGAGAGCAUAGUACAGAAAAGAGUACACCAACCAUCGUGCAAGGACUCCCUGCUAUCACAACAGUGGCGUGUGGGGCAUCUGUUAGUUAUGCCAUCAGCAAGGAUGGCCGAGCCUUUGCCUGGGGAAUGGGAACGAACUUCCAGCUGAGCACAGGUAAUGAGGAAGAUGUCUGGAGUCCGAUCCAGAUGUCAGGUCAGCAGCUGGAGAACAGAGAGGUGCUGUCCAUCUCCAGUGGAGGCCAACACACUGCAUUACUCGUUAAAGAGCGCGAGCAAAGCUGAUGCAAGUGGCUGCCCCGUGAAAAUAAAAAAAAACUACUGCCGAUAAAACCUCGAUUGUAAAGACUGAGUGAGCCCUGCACUUUCCCCAUAAUAUUUGAAUGCAAUGCUUGGAUACUACAGGAAUACACUUAUUUUUGUUUGCUUGUAUUUUUUAAAUGGUACUCUGCAGUGCCAUUUUAUUGUAAUGUUGUGAUGUACGAACCUAGUUUGUCUUCACUUUGUGUUGACUUUGGUUCAUGUUUUACAGGACAAGCCAUUUUUUUUAAAAAAAGUUUAAAUUUCUGAUCUGUUCGGGGAGGAUAUCUGGGCUGGCAAGUAGGUUGAAGAAGGGGAAAUAUAUUCUUUUAAAAUCAAAUAAAUCUUUUUGUAAUAGUUUUCUAUAA